UUACUUCUUUUUUUUUUGUCGGAGUAUAAGCCAGUCUACUCACUAGGCACUAGACAUCAAUGGCGACCUGCAGAGGGAGAGUCCUCCAAGCUAUUUCCAAGUGCGAAUGGACACUUCUUUCACCUUUUGUCCGAAGGCUCUCUUCCUGCAACGUCCCAUCCGAGUUGGAGAGGGUUGGAUUUAUAGGAGUUGGAAAUAUGGGUUUUCAUAUGGCAAAUAAUCUAGUUAAUGCCGGAUACAAAGUUGCCGUCCAUGACAAAAACCGUGAUGCCAUGAAAAAAUUCCUAGAAAAGGGAGUUGUUGCCAAAGAGACGCCUUUUGAAGUUGCAGAAGCAAGUGAUGUUGUUAUCACAAUGUUGCCUUCAUCAUCUCAUGUACUGGAUGUCUACACUGGACAAAAUGGUUUACUUCAUGGUGGGAGUCUCCUAAGACCAUGGCUGUUGAUAGAUUCCUCCACAGUUGAUCCACAAACUUCAAGAAGACUUUCUACAAUCAUUUCCAAAUGUGCCUUGAAAGAAAAGAAAGGUUAUGCAAAAACCCCUUUCAUGUUGGAUGCUCCUGUCUCUGGAGGUGUGCUUGGUGCAGAAGCUGGGACUCUCACUUUCAUGGUUGGUGGGUUAGAGGAAGUUUAUCUGGCUGCAAAACCCUUAUUUCUCUCAAUGGGAAGACAUGCAAUAUAUUGUGGUGGGCCUGGCAAUGGUGUUGCAGCAAAGAUAUGCAAUAAUUUGGUGAUGGCAGUGAGUAUGCUCGGGGUGUCAGAAGCGUUUUGUCUUGGUCAGUCUUUGGGAAUUACUGCAAAUACAUUAACAAAGAUAUUCAACUCUUCAAGUGCCCGCUGUUGGAGUAGUGACACCUACAAUCCAGUUCCUGGAGUGAUGGAAGAUGUGCCUUCUUCAAGGAAUUACACUGGUGGAUUUUCAUCCAAGCUUAUGGCUAAAGACUUAAGUCUUGCAGCAACAUCAGCCAAUGAGGUAGGCCUCAAAUGUCCAUUGAUGCAUCAAGCACAGGAAAUAUAUACAGAGCUAUGCAAAGAGGGUCAUGAAUACAAGGAUUUCUCCUCUGCUUUCCGACACUACUAUCCUGGCAAGGAUGAGUUGUAGUUUAACAGGUAAAGCAGCUACCAGACGAUAGAGAAUACAGCACCUCAGGCCCUUUACUCACCAUACAGAAUCUUUGGUCAUGCUGCAGUCCUAUGCUCCUUUAACUUCAAAUCCAGUGCAUUUGACCUUGAAGGGAAAAUUCCUUAGAGUCCAUACAUUUUGUGACAUGUCAAUCAUUGCCUUACAUUUUAGAAACCUUUAACCAGUUUAACCUUAUUUGUUUUUCGUAAAAUCAUCAAAGCUUAAUAAAGUAAAACUCUCAAGACA